AUGUUGGUCCUCAUGGCCGCCGGCUGCGUCUUCUUCCCCGGAGUCUUCCUGCUGUCCAAACAUACUCUGAAGCACAUGAUGGGAUGGAGCCGGGGGGAGGCUGACAUUGUGUCUGCACGUCUGGUGUCGUCGAUCCAGGCCAUCAUGGCUUCAGCAGCUGGAUUUAUCAUCACCUCCUCCUGCAGGGACGUCAUGGAGGACAGCCAUUGGCUGACGGACAACUACAUCCUGUUUGCUACGCCGUACUUUGCCUACGACAUCUACGCCAUGUUCCUGUGCUACCGUCACAGGCUGCAGGUCAAAGGUCACGAGGAGGAGGAGGGGGAGGGGGGGAUUCGGUGGGCGUCUGUGGGGGGCUACCUGCGCAGAGAGAAGUUGAUGGUGCUGCAUCACAUCUUCAUGGUCACCUGCUGCUUCCCCGCUUCACAGAUGUGGCGUCAGGGGAAAGGAGAUUUCUUCCAGGGUGUUUUGUUUCUGGCUGAGCUCAGCACCCCGUUCGUCUGUCUUGGGAAAGUACUCAUCCAGUACCAGCAGCAGCACACUGUGCUGCACAAAGUGAACGGAGUCCUGAUGCUGCUCGCCUUCUUCUGCUGCCGGGUCCUACUCUUCCCUUACCUGUACUACGCCUACAGCAGGUAUGCGUCCAUCCCCGUGUACGUGGUGCCCCUGGUGGCCCCGUGGCAGUGCAACCUGGGGGCCGCCCUGCUGUGGCCCCUGCAGCUCUACUGGUUCACUCUGAUCUGCAGAGGGGCUCUCCGCCUGUCCGCCGCCGGUGGAUGCUCCAUAUCAACGUGUAAAGCUGACAAUGACUGCUGUCUGAGCUCCAGUAACGGCUGGAGGAAGAGAACAUGAGGCAACAUAACGGACUCUGCACAUGUUCCGUUCACUUCAAAGGAAAUCUCAAAUCCUCAACAAGGGUCAUUUCUGUUAUGCAACAACAUCUUUUUCCACAUAACCUGCUUCCUCAUUAUUUUCUUGAACACUUCUGAGUUUAAGAUGGUCUCUAUUUUAUAUAUACAGAAUAAACCAAUGCAAUAUAAUGAACAUCAAAAUAACUAUUAACAGUAAAAUACUCAAAAUAUUUAUUUAUUAUUAUUUUAAAGGCCAUGGUAAUUUCUGUUUAAUUGUACAUUAUAUGUACAGUCAAUGAUUGUAUAUAUGUAUCGGAAACAGCAAUAUUGAGUCAUAUGUAAUUGGAAAUAAAAACAGAAGUACAUACAAAAUUAAAAGGUAAAUGAAAAUGUUAACAUGUGAACAUAAAUGAAAGAAAACAUGCUAGUAAGUUAGUACAUAACGUUGAAAUAAACAGAAACAAAACAACAUAAAUAAAUAAAUAAAUAGGAAGUGUUGAAAUACAAACAGAAAAUAUUGAAAUGUAAAACAAAAUAAAUAAAGAAUAAAUAAGUAAAUAACAUAUGGAAAUAUAUACAUAAAUAGCUACAAUAAUGAAUAGAUAUUAUAUAUUUAUUUACAAAUUACAAAAUAUUAGUUUAUUCUCUUACAUAUUUUUUCCCCCUGUGUAUUGUUUUUAUUUAUUCAUCUUUAUGUUGACAUGUAUAUAUUUUAAUCUCUUUAUUUUUACUUUUCUCCAAGCUGGUGCAGGUUAAACCAGUAUCCCUACUAAAUAUCUAAUAGUAAUAUUCUAGUGAUAUCAUUUGGGCUAUAAUAUUAUGAGAAUGCACUACUACAUUGUUAUAAUUGAAAUACUUGAACUACAUUUUAUUGAAUAUUUUACAUACUUUAACAGCAUAUUUUGUGUGGUAUAGUACAAUAUUAUUGUUUUGUAGUAUACUAGUUUUACCUGUUUAGAGACAUAUGACUUUUAAAGUAUUUAUAAUAGGAGUAGUGUCGUACCCUUUGUUUUUAAAACUAAAUCACUUUUUUUCAUUAUUAUUUUUACAACUGGUGCUUGUUUUAUUAAUUAUAUAAUUAAUAACAUAAGAGCUUAUGUUU